AUGCUCGGGACGGAGAUGGACCUGCAGCGAGUGGACAACAGCACAGUCGCCGUGGAGACGGUGCUGAAGUCCUGGCUCCAGGCCCAGGGGGGCGACCGGGAGCAGCUGAACCUCGUCCUGCCCGGGGGGGCGGACAGAGACAGCCCAGUAUACAUAAAGUGUGACGUGCAGGAACGUCUGCUAAGCCCCGCCCUCCUCCCGCUGACCCUAAACAUUGGCCCAAAGACCGAGAGCGCCGGAGAUCUCCCGCCCCCUGCCAAGGGUUCGGCCAAUCAAAACCCUCCGCCGCCAAGACUCACAGCCGUCAAGACUCUGCGCAUGGAGGGCGUGUGUGAGAGCGUGAUGUACGGCCUGCCCAUGGUACUGAGGCCCACCUCCUGCUGGCAGCUGGACUGGGAUGAGUUGGAGAGCAACCACGAUCUGUUCCACGCCCUUUGUCACACACUCAGGAGCCGGGAUCUGUUCCUGCUGGUGAGGUCCGAUACGGCCCGUAGUCCUGCCGCCCCCCGCCCAGGCCUCCAGGCCCACUACGUCCUCCAGGCCUCCCCGUUCUCCUCCCUCCUCCUGAAGCCGGUGGUCUCCAGGGAGCUGCUGCUGCCCUGCCCCCUGCCCACGUCCGCCCAGGACCCCCGGCCUGACACCCUGCACGCCAUACAGGGCAGUCUGGCCCAGCUUGAUGAAGACAGUGUGUUCAACCCUCUGUCUGUGAAUAGUAACCUGUACCAGCACCUCAAGAACCGGGCCCUUCUCUCUCGACCCAAGUACCCCUACAGAGUACCUCAAGCGGCCAGAAGAGACCAGCCUCUCCCACCAGAGGGCGCCAAAGCCUCACACAUGAGGCCGCCCAGACAGCAGGGUCACCUGGGCCCCCCCCCCACCCACAAGGUCAGAGCCACGGUGGCCCCCCUCCCGUCCUCGUCCUCCUUCGCCUCCUGCCAGGGGCCCCCUCCCUCCAAGGCGUCCCGCCCGGCCCUCACCUUCCUCAGCAGCGGGGGCCGGGCCCCUAGGGCGCCCCCUGUGUCCUACACUGAAGAGGAGCGCGACCCAGAGGAAGAGGAGGACUUUCUAAUGCCUCUGUGAAGGGGGAAACACACAACACACGCAUGUGUCUGUGUCUGUGUGCGUGUACGUGUGCGUGUGUGUGAGAACGCACAGAUCUGACAGAGACAGAACCCACGCAGUGUUCGGUGUGAAGCCUUUUAUAUCCUGAGCCACCGCUUCAAAGAGCUUUUCUCUUACUGUUAGAAAAGACCUCAGAACUGGCUCGCGUACACACACACACACACAUACACAUAAACACACACACUCGCACAAACACACGUACACAUGCACACAUACGCACCUGCGGUUUCACACACGAGUAUGCAGGCAUGCGCACAUAAACACACAAAAAACACGCACGCACACACUCACGCGCACACACACGCUCAAACACACAAACAAGCGUGCCAACUAGCCUCCUCUAAACUGUCUCCAUUGUUAACGUUUAUGAGUUAUUAAGUGGUUUGUAAAAAUCGCUUUGGAAGACUGUGGUUAGGGAGGCAGAGAUAUGUGUUAACAUGCACACACACACACACGCUUAUAGACAGCAUACAAACUAUUACACAGACACACACGCUUACAGUCAGCACACACACACAACCACGCUUAUAUAUCAACACGCACACAUAAUGUGGUUGCAGUGUAUCUUGACGUGAACUGUGUGUGUGUGUGUGUGUGUGUGUGUGUGUGUGUGUGUGUGUGUGUGUGUGUGUGUGUGUGUGUGUGUGUGUGUGUGUGUGUGUGUGUGUGUCUGAGAAUUUUUUUUGCUGGGGCUUUUAAUUCGCUGAGGCAGCAAUACAAAAUCCUGAGUUUACUCAGACACACACACAAAUAAACACUCACACACACACACACACACACACACACAC